CGCUCCACGGUGACCGUGGGGACGUUUCCCAAGUAGGUGUCAGCGAAACGGCUUUUGCGGCUCUUCGUAAACCAGACGGAUCUGCGCAGAAGUAUUAGCGCCAGGAUGGCAGCGUUCCUCGAGCCCACGCUGCCGGAGGAGGAGAGGGACUUUCACAAGGCGAUGGCUUUGAUCGGCGGCAAAGAGCGGAUCUAUCUGGUCAGUGAUGCCUGUACCAUUAAAGAGGAGGACGAGGACGCGGCGGUGUUGCAGGAGUUUAUCCGGGAAAUGUUUUACAACAGCAGCCCGGCGGACAGCAGGGGCGAAACCUCCAUUUGCGGCAUGCCAGGGGCUGUAAAAAGCCACGAAACCCCUCCGGUGGCGGGGCCCAGGGAUCCCGGUGUCACCGCCUUCCCGGCGGAAGAGGACGGGGCGGACAAGGAGAAGCGGCCGAAGCGCGAUGGCACCGCGCAGAGAACAGCAACAAGGGCGAACAUUCACAGCCAAAAGCGAACCAUAGACUCUCCCAUUAUCAUAUUCAUCUUCAGACAGACAUUUAUCAACCGACCAUCCAACCAAUUGUGCUUGAAAGAGACGCUGAAGGACGUGAAGGCUCGCACGAAACGUGCCCAAAUCGCCCGACCGGCUCUGAUUGGAUUAAUACGCACAAGACUGGAGAGCGCAGAGACGCGACAGUGUGCGCUACUCCUGGAGCGCCAGAUCCGCUCGGUGUUCCACAAACAUUCACCAGAGACUAUAUGGGUCGGCAGUUUCAUCCCGCGGACAGAGGCCAAUCUGCUCAGCAUCAAGAAAAACGCCUGCAAAGUUAUAUACUCGUCUCAAACCGCAGAUAAUACCGGGGAUGGAGGGAACCAGCUUUUCUGGCCGUUCCGAUGUUUGCUCUGGCCACGGAGAAGAGGCCGGGACACCAAAUCCUCAACCAGCAGGCAACGAGCUAACACUGGAAGUAAAGAAGAAGUCAUCCCUCUGAAAAUCGGUUUGUUGUCUGCUGGCCCUCAUGUGAAUGGAGACUCUGUUGGAGGAGACAGCUGAUUUCAGAACACAUGGCCUGCAGACAAUCCUCUUUUAACUGUGAAGAAAGGGUUUGCCUUGUGGUACUAAAAAGCCUGACUACAUGUGACAGUGUUUCUGUAUAGUGGUCCAUAUUCCAUGUUCUGAAGAUAUAUUUAGCUAGUCAAAUAGUUUCAGACGGUGAAACAUACUUUUACUGUUUAUGAUUGGGGCUGAUUCAAGUAACUAUUUUUUAUAUGAACUAUAUUACAUUAUUUUACACCACUUUGAGGCCUAGAGAGAGAUUUGUCUGAUCCAUGUUAAAACCCUCAGUAUGGCUAGUGUUAAGCAGAAGUAGUCCUACCCCAUCAACAUGAUGCACAGUUACAUACGGGGCUGAAUGGUCAAUUGCUCAUUGUGUGUCAUUUGGAAUUUACAUCACCAAAGCACAACACCAACAUAAUCAUAAAAAGCGUCUUAAGUAAGGUCCCGCUUUAUUAAUAGGGACCAAACACCUUAUUGUUUUCAAUGAAGCCAGUACUGUGAAUCCUUUUCAUGUUAAUUUAUUAGAAUUAAGUGCCUUAGAUGAGUGCUAAUGACGAACGCAUUAUCUGCAAUAGAAGUGGAUGAAACCACGUUUCACUUUGUACCUGUAUGUGUUCGCUAUUCAUUUGUAAAUAAAAGCAUAUAAACUUUU